CUCUGAGUGCCUUUAUUCAUUCAAGCCGCAUAUAACGUCAUAUCAUGUGUAUGUUGCCCUGCCGGUUUCACAACUAACAUUGUUGUCGUCUAAAACCCACACUUAACAGUUAACCAUGAAGCCGCCGCUUACACGUAGAUCGUUCCAAAGUCAUGCCCGGGUUGGGAAAGAAUCAUCGUCCGGCGGGGCAGCAUCGUUCAUGUACCGCCACCCGCUGCUGUGUCUCUGCCUGGUGCUGUUCAUCGAGGACGUGCUGUGGCUGAGCUGGCUGUACACCAGUAACAGCGAUUGUGACUGUCCAGGAAUGGCGGGAUUCAAACAGGAACGACAGCUACAAAGGUCACUGCACAUGAAAGAACGCGAUGAUACUAGCAAAGUGUUACAUGCAACCCCAAAGGCGAAGAAAAAAGACCAGACUCUACCAGAACAGAGACGUAAAAUGCCAGUAUACAAACCGAACAAGGAGGCGUACCAGGACCUACUGCAGCAGGUGGAGGACCCUUCGCUACUGGAAAGACUACCGGACCUACCCUUCAACGCCGCUCGUUCCGCGUUAUUCAGAAAAGAAAUAUGGGAGAAAACGCGGGUACAAGACUACCUCUACGCGAGUAAGAAGUCGAUGCCGCUUGGCUCCGUCAUUCCGUUCUUCGAGGGCAGAAACAAGUCCACUUACUACAUGGUACCGGACGUGUACAACUAUCUCCCAGAGGAGGUCCAUUGGCCCAAGAGUAUGUACGAAAACUGCAGCGUCAUAGGAAACGGGGGGAUACUGUUGAACAGCAGCUGUGGACCUGAGAUCGACUCUACACAAUACGUCUUUAGGAACAAUCUUCCGCCCCUGACUCUGGAGUUUUUCGGAAGAGGAGAAGACAUGGACGGCACUAUGGCGAAGGUGGACUACUACAAGGAUGUUGGCAGAAAGGCAAACUUUAUCUCCGUAAACCCGUCCGGAUUCAAUGAAUUCAUGUAUGACUUCAAGAAAGAGCGAAUCAUCACAGACUUUGUUGAGUAUUUGAGCCAGUAUGAAGACAAAGGGGCCAAAGUAUGGUCACACAUGUUCCACUAUGACUCAAAGGCAAAACUGGUUCUGCGGGCGAUCGUCAUCAUCCGGGCCAUGGGGGCGAAAACCGAGAUGGUGUCGUCACAUCCGGUCUUCCUUCAGGCUGUCAACGAUUUCUGGAAGAUGAACGGACUGACCAGCACCCGUAUCAGCAGCGGUCUGGUCUUCACUACCAUCGCCCUGGCCAUGUGUAAGGAGACCCACCUGUAUGGUUACUGGCCCUUCCCCGUGGACUAUGAGGGCCAGGAGGUUCCCUACCACUACUACCUGUACGACUACCAACACACCCAGAACAACACCUUCCACAAACUACCGGAGGAGUUCAAAAUGCUGCAGACACUGCACAAAAAGGGGGUCAUCAAGCUGCACAUCGGGAAGUGCAAGCAGUGAAAUACGAAGUUUACUUCUGGUAGAAUUGCACUCCGUAAUGGUGAAUUUCGCGCGCACAUAAACUGUUCACUCUUAUCCGCGGGGUAACCUAUAUCCGUUUAAAAUUUUUAAACAGGCGCUCAGGUAUUUAGGGAUAUCAAGUCGACGAACGUUGCUAUGUAUUGACAAAAUUUGCAAUUAUUGGAAAAUAUUGCAAUUGAAACCGCCGCCGUUGAUUUAAUAUCCCUAAAUAUCUGAAGCCAAUGGAAAUAGGUUGCACCGCGAAUAAGGGUGGGCUAGUGUUAAUUCUAUUGUUGUGCAUAUGUUGCUUGCCAAAAAAAUUGCAUUUAUUUGAAAGAGUGUGACUUGAUUCUGUCUUUUUUUCUUAAAUGAUAUUUUACUGUGAUACUGUUCCUGAUACAUGUAUAUGAUUUAUCUAGUUGUAUAAUACACCUGUCACAUUUGGCGAAAAUCGAUCGGACGACGAUUCUGCGGCAAUCGCCCGAGCCUCGCUUAUAA